AUGAAGGCUUACUAUCAACUACCAGAUAAUAGUUCUUACUAUAACAUGCCCAGUUUGGCUACUUUGGAUGCACAUAGAAAAAAACGAUCUACAUCCAGGUGGUUGGCUUAUGAUUUUUUAGAGCAAAUUCUCAAAAGAAAUAAUUAUCCAGAUGGUAAAGCUUGCCUACUAAAAUCAAUUUGUGAAGUAGCAUCAAUAAAGCUAGAAGAAAGAGCAGGUUUAUUAGCUGAAAUUGUACAUACUAUUUUAACGCCAUCUUCUACCAAAGACGAUAUAAGAGAUCACAGUGACAAUGAAUAUCAUGCUGCUGAAAAAUUAGGGCAAGAGGAUGGGAAGUGCGGUCAGCUCUUUCCAGAAUGUCCCAUAGAUCCUAUUGGGCAGUAUUCAAAAUUAAUGACCGUUGGCAAAUAUUUUGUGUAA